GCGCGCACGAGUGUGCAUUAGUGAGUGUGUGCAUGUGUGCGCGCGCGCUUGUGUGUCAUUGCUGAGUGACCCAGGAUGUCUCGCUGCAGGCUGCUCGCGCGGCUCCUCUUGCAGCAGCAGCAGGUGGGAGUCAGACACUGUUACACGGCCACACGGAAAAGUCUAUACAUCAGCAAAGACACUAAAGUCAUCUGUCAGGGUUUUACAGGAAAACAGGGGACGUUCCACAGUCAGCAGGCUCUGGAUUAUGGCUCCAAGUUAGUCGGAGGCGUGUCUCCUGGAAAAGGCGGGAAGUCUCACCUGGGGUUGCCGGUGUUCAACUCUGUGAAGGAGGCGAGGGUGGGAACAGGUGCCGAUGCCACGGUGAUCUAUGUUCCUCCUCCAUUCGCGGCGGCGGCCAUCAUCGAAGCCAUCGACGCUGAGAUGCCGCUGGUGGUGUGUAUCACGGAGGGAAUCCCCCAGCAGGACAUGGUGCGGGUCAAACACAAGCUCCUUCGCCAGAACAUCACCCGCCUCGUCGGGCCCAACUGCCCCGGCGUCAUCAACCCUGGAGAGUGUAAAAUCGGGAUCAUGCCUGGACACAUUCACAAGAAAGGAAGAAUCGGUAUCGUGUCGAGGUCUGGCACCCUGACGUAUGAAGCCGUACACCAGACUACACAGGUGGGACUGGGCCAGUCUCUGUGUGUCGGAAUCGGCGGAGAUCCGUUUAACGGCACCAACUUCAUCGACUGUCUCGAGGUGUUCCUGCAGGACCCGAAAACAGACGGCAUCAUUCUGAUCGGAGAGAUCGGGGGCAACGCUGAGGAGAACGCAGCCGAGUUUCUGAAACAGCACAACACUGGUGCCAACGCUAAACCGGUGGUAUCAUUUAUUGCCGGCCUCACGGCGCCCCCUGGCAGGAGGAUGGGUCAUGCUGGUGCCAUCAUCGCAGGAGGAAAGGGCGGGGCUAAAGAGAAGAUUGCGGCCCUGCAGUCAGCAGGUGUGGUGGUCAGCAUGUCCCCUGCCCAGCUGGGAAGUACCAUGUUCAAGGAAUUCGAGAAGAGGAAGAUGCUGUAACGUGGACGAGCCUCACCAAUAUCACAGCAGUGUAUUCUUUUGAUUUUGGCCAUGAAUUUCCAACUUGUGGAGAAUUUUCCAGAACCUGAUUGUUGUUUUAUGGCAGUGAGGAAGCUGACAGUUGUAAUCAUCCUCAGUGAAGUUAAAAGCGUUAACAUUCACAUCAGCGUCGCGGGGAGCAUGGGGCGGCGCAUGUACGUUGUGUUUUAUCUCCAUUUUCACCUCUGCCUCGUCCAUCAUCAGCACCUGAAAUAUAAUAUAAUAUAUAUAAUUCUCUUUCCUCCUCCUCCGUGUUAUAAGUUUUGUUCUUUUGACAUGUCGAGGUGUCACUACUUCUUUUCACUUCUCGCAAGGAGUCCGUCCUCCGGGUCCAUGAGUCUGUCUCCGUCCCGGUUUCCCCUCCUACACACACGUACACGUGCAUGUCAAAAAUUAUUUUGAAAAACCUGGAGCUAGAGUUGAAAUCACACACCAGUGCUUGCUUUGAUCACUCCAGGACGCUUCGCUGCACCGUCUGUGUUUUUCUCCAAUUCUGAACCCGUCUCUGAACUUAUUUAGCAGCGUCACUCAGGCUCACUCUCAAUUCCAACCAAUUUGGAGUCUGUUAUUGAAAAUGGCCGUCUUGUGCCCUGUGUAUUAGAGGCUUUUAGAACGCCUCGCCGUUCUCACGUAUGUGUUUAUUAAUUCUGACACGCCGCAGUAGCAUAAAUUGUCUCUUUUGCUCGUAAUGACAUGCAUUCGCCAUUCUUUUUUUUUCCACUUUUCUUUUCCUCCGCUGAGGAACGAAAGUGCCGGUUCGAUCUUUGCCAAGCGCUUUUUAGAAAACCACUCAUCAAAAUGUCAACGCAAAACAAUUCCUAACAUCUGAAAAUCAAAUUUGCAGAAGAACGAUAGCAAUCAGACGUCCACAAUAUGUACAAGGUUUUAUUGUUGCCUUUCUGUGCUGAAAGACACAAGGAAAAGCUUUGAUUUCUAGAGAAUGGAUAAAGAAUGGCCUGUAAUAACAAUGUGAUGUGGCAUUUUGGUUCGAACGUAAAAAGGAAAGUGAAUUAAAAAGUGAUUAAAAAAAAAAACUCAUUGGUGUUGAAGCUAGAACUCCAUAUCAACCAAACCUUAAUUAUGGUGGAAGUGUACGAGAACCCUGUAAUUACACAGUUUAAAUAAAUCUGAUUAAAGUGAUUAAAAA